CCUCCCUGCUUAAUAACGGACGGGUACUUCCCAGCUCCCAGUCAAACAGCCACUCUGUUUUAGCAAUGUCUGUUGUGGUUUGAAGACUCGAGGAUUGUAAAGCUUCGCGCCGUACAAUAAUCUCCCAUUGUUUAGCGCAGCUUUGCACGCGCUUGUGUUUACAGCAUCUCGCGCAAAGCGCGCGCGUGUGAUAUUGAUUCAGGUAAAAGAGCCCUUUCGGUUUCACCAUGGCAGGCGAGGCGCUCCACAGAUUCGUUUGCCUUUGUCGAUACCUACAGGAUCCCUGCCAUGUCGCCAGAUUCCAGCAGUUUUGCGGCGUCCGCGGCACGUUUCCUAAAAAAACAACCGAGGCUAGCGAGAGUGACGCGAAGCUUGCGGUCAACGGUGUUUGCGUGGGGCAAUGUCAGGAAGACCGCGCGGCUAGUGGGGAUUCAGCACACGGACUCCCGGGCCAAAGGCUGAGAAAAAGUUUAAAUGCCGCUGGUGAUGUUGAACCGGAAGAAUGUCCCGCUGCUUUUCUCAACGCACCCUCGGGGCAAGAGGCAGAGAGAGACUCCAGAGGCAGAGUGAAGCCUUUACGCAGAAACUCUUUGACUGGGGAUGUUGGCCAGGAGUUCAUCAUCGAGAACAAGUUUCUCUUCUAUCUCUUCACCAUUGGCACCGAGCUGGGCAAUGAGAUGUUUUUCAUCGUGUUCUUCCCCUUCUUGAUGUGGAACGUCGACCCCUAUGUGAGCCGGCAGCUCAUCGUGGUGUGGGCCUGGGUGCUGUUCUUCGGCCAGUCCACGAAAGAUCUGGUCCGGUGGACCCGUCCUCCCUCUCCUCCUGUGGUCAAAGUUGAGGUGUUCUACAACACGGAGUACAGCAUGCCCUCCACACAUGCCAUGUCCGGCACCGCGCUGCCCUUCUCUCUGUUCAUGCUCACAUGCAGCCGGUGGGAGUACCCGUUCAUGAUUGGAUUGAGCUUAGCUCUGUUCUGGAGUGUCCUCGUGUGCAUCAGCAGGAUUUAUAUGGGCAUGCACUCUGUCCUGGAGGUGAUCACAGGCUUCCUCUACAGUGUACUCAUCCUGGCGGUCCUUCACCCCCUACUGGAUGACAUUGACACGUUCUACCUGUCCCACAGCUAUGCCCCUCUGGUCGUCCUGCUAGUGCACGUGGGCUUCAGCUUGGUGGCUUUCUCGCUGGACUCAUGGAGCACGUCUCGUGGCGACACGGCCCAGGCGUUGGCCACAGCUGUCGGAGCCGCGUUGGCAUCUCGUCUGAACUACCAACUGGGUCUACAGCCAGAUCCUCCUGAAGAAGCUCUACCGCUCGCCCUUCCCCUGAUCGACAGGGCCCUAUUGGCCCGCUCAAUCUCGCGGCUCCUGGUGGGAGUGGCGGUGCUUCUGGCCGUCAGGGCUGCCAUGAAGGUUGUGGCGAUCCCAUUGGCGUGCAAGAUCUUCGGCGUGCCUUCGGAUGACGUGCGGAAGGCUAGACAACAUGCGCAAGUGGAACUUGCAUAUCGGUUUAUUGUUUAUGGCACAGUGGCCUACUGCUGCGUGUUCCUGGUCCCACUUCUCUUUAGCUUCCUUGGCUUAUCCUGAAGAAAAUCCCCACUCCAUCCUUGUUAUUAUCCUUUUUUUUAUCCUAGCUAAAAUCUAUACCUGACCUGGACUAGUCACGGUCCACAGCUGUUGAAAAAAAAAGCCUUUUUGGUGCAAACACGAAUGAUGUUCAUGAUGUUGAUAAUAUCACCAGCUCCAUUUCCAUGAUCAUUUAUUUGACGUGUUUU